AUGCAAAACCCAAACAGCUCUCCUUCAGAGUAUAAAGAAUAUGACGGUGUUGAAGAAGUGGCUCAAGUAGCCCAGACAACCUCUACACCGCUUUUAAACGAGUUCACAACUACAAAGUACCAUGAUCUGGAUCUUGAAUUUGAGAAAUUCAACGGUUCCGUUUCCGACUUUGCCGAUCUUCCUCAAUCUCAAGUCUACUUGGACGACUCUAUUCAGACAAAUGAACCCGGUCCUGGAUUUGACAAUACGACAAUUUCCAAGGUUUCGGAAGACGGCAAUGAUUAUAACCUGGAGAAUAUUGCUCCUGGUGUUCCUAAGUUGACCAUAAUGAAGAACCGUGGAGACCCAACUAUUGAUUCCUCUUUGAUAACGGAAGAACCGUCAGUGGUAGACUUUUCUAAACUGAACUCUUAUAGGCGGAUCUCGUCGCUUCUCACAGUUAAAAAGACAUCGGAAACAGAGACUAAACAGGCUGUCAAAUUACAUCAGCUCAACAAAUCAAUGAGAAAACUCAGUACCAAGAUCCACAAACUUGAGCGUGAGAUCGACGUAGUUGAUCAACUUAUACCUGAGACGUACGAUGGCUCAGCAUUGUCACAGUCUCUACAGUAUAAGAAAUUGAAUUUUGCACGUGGAAAGUUGGAAGAUAAAUGCGAAGCACUGAAGAAGAAGAGAUACGAGAUGUCCAUUCUAGUGAAUACCAAGUACAAGAAUUUCUAUGGUUACAACGGUGCAGAUAGAGCCCAGUACUGGGUCUCUAAUGUAGUGAGGGAUUAA